AUGGCAGCGCAAGGCUGCGCGCCACCACCGGCACGUAUCCCGCCCACGCCAGCAUCGGAAGGUCCUAGCGCAACGCAGGUGGGCUUCAUUGGCUCAAGAAGCGGCCACAGAGGUGCUACGUCCAUGACUGCUCUUUCGUCUUCUGUCAACGCGAUGGGCAGUGUGACCGGAACUAGACAGGUGGUGAAUACUGGUGCGGCAAGUCCAUCUAGCAACAAAGCCAUCCCCUGGAAAGAGCUGGAAGAGAGUGGUGCCCUGCGAAAGAUCUUGGAGUAUGUCUUCGUCAACGAAGGGGUUGAUGCACCGUGCGUGUUGCCAUUCUACCGCCAGGGAAUGCUUGCCGGAAGCAUACGAGUUGGCAUGGGCAAUGAGGCUCUGUUCGACAACGUCAAUCUCCAGGUCCUACGAGUGAGCAAAGCCUUCCGAGCCGUCGGCAGUCAGGCGUACUACGGAAAGCGAGACCGCACGUUCUUCUUCGAUGAUCCAGUACUCUGCACCUGGUGGACCAAAUACAUCGGAGCAGUGAACUUCUCCAACAUACUCUCCCUCACAGUUGUCAUCAAAUCGGGCUUCAAGACAUUCCUCGACGAGCGCAAUGCCACCGAUCUGACAUACGAGGAAGAGUGGUACGGCUUCUUCGGCUGGUUGAAAACUCGACAUCAGCUGAAUACGAUCCGCAUUGAGUUGACCGGCUGGGUCGAUAUUCACGAUAUUCGUGCCAAGCGAGGCCGGGCCGGCAAAGAAUUGGAACUGCAGACGGCGGAGAAAGCAGAGAUCUUGCAAUACCGCCGCAAGUUACUGGACACGUUCUCCCAGCUACGCGGACUGCAAUACGCCAUUGUCACAGACCAGGUCGGGGUCCAACUGUCCUCGAAAGAAUCUGAUGAUCUAGCCGGCCUCAUGAUGCAAGGAAGAGACACACUCCCAGAUCUUCCCACCCAACGCAUCUUGCCGCUGUCCGAAGUCCUGGCGCUCGUACGUCUCGACUACGAGCGGGACAGCGCAGCUGGGAUCCUGUCGGUCGAGGAAGAAGUGGCGCAGCAGGAAGAGGAGCGACGAAAGCCGGGGUUUGAGCAACGCCGCCAGCGCAACCGAAACAGAACCGAACAAUUUCGCAAGCGCCGCUUGAACGAAAAGGAGAUGGUAGAGACCAACAAGCGGCAGAAGUCCGAGGACGGCUCAGCACCGACCACUGUGCGCUUGAAUAUGAAUUCAAACUCCAAUACCACAGCUCGGGGCUCUCAGCUAUCCGGCCCGCCUCCUCCUCCACCACCACCACCACCUCCUCCUCCGCCACCUCCGCCAUUCAUUCCUGCCGCUGCACUCUCUCCGGCCACGCAGAUGCCUGCAAAGAGUGACUCCGACUCCGCCUCGAUCUGGGACUUUGGUCGUUCCGAUGGCGCGGCGCCAACGGGCAAGAACGCGAACCAGGGAAAGCGGGCAGAUCGCGAUCCUAAUGCGAUGCUCGACUGA